AUGCAGAACUUCAAUUCCCAAGCUGCCAUGGAUAGAGAGUUUUCCCCAUCGAUAGUGGGGAGUGCCCCGCAUACACCCAUUAGAAUGAACAGUAUAGAAGAAGAAGAAGAUGCUAUCUCACCACCGUUUCUGGCACAGCAGGAUUCUGCUAUUACUGGCACAACGGUGAAUUCGCCCAUGCACGUUACAAAACCAUUGGUUUUCAGCACAGAGACACCACCAGGGAGAAGGCCGAAUUCGUUUUAUAGCGUUCAAGGCGGAAACGAUUCUUCAAGUUCGUUAGUUGCAACUAAGGGCUUCACUUUCGGUGGUGGAAGCGAUAACUCUACAAAUGAUACUCAACUGAUUAAUGGUCCAACAUCAGAUUACCAUACACAUAGUAAAAAACCUUCCUUCAAAUACGUUCCUGCCCCAAAGUUACCUCCAAUGUCAAGAAAUAGAUCACCAGUAAGGCAUAACAGAUCCCCAUCACCAGAAAGGAAAAGUAAGAGGAAUUCACUGUUGUUCGAGGCUCCUUUCAAUUUCAGCUCCUCCGCAUUACAACCGCCUCCGCUAUCUGGCUCUUCCAAUAACUCGGGACCCAGUAGUGGUGGUACUAAUGGGGGUAGUCGAAGCGCCAUGUUUCGUAAGGGCCACAGAUAUAAACACUCUUCUGUUUCCAUGAACUUCUUCCAAGAACCUGAGGUUAAGGAACCGUUAAAUAUUAUAAAGUCAUUACCAGUACCGGAUUUCAAAGAUCUCAGAAAUAACUUGACGUGGCCAUUGACACAUAUCCAAAUUUCAAUCUGCAUCGUUGAACUUCUGAUAUCGAUAUUCAUUUUCAACCUAGGGCAUCAGAAGGGAUGGAACUUACUCGGAACGUUGUGUCAUUUCCUCACGUAUGAUGUUCUUGGUGGUAUCUUUGCCAUUUUAACAGAGCUUUUAGCUAAGUUCGAAAUCUGGAAAACAGGAACGAUAACUCUGCCGUUCGGCUUGAACAGAAUUGAUGUAUUGUUGUCAUUUGCUUUUGCAAUCUCGAUUUGUUUUGCUGGUUUAGAUUUGAUAUUUCAUGUGCUAGAAGAAAUAGCCGUUCUAUUCGCAGAAAGUUCUACUGCUGAUCAUCACGAAGAAAUUAACCAGACGAUACCCCACUCACAUCAUACGCAUCUACACCAGGAGCAAUUAAUAUCAUGGUACUCUGUAAUUAUACUGGCAGCUACAAUUUCGUUCUUGUCCUAUUCUUUCAUCUUUAAGACAACACAAUAUAAGAUCAAAAAUCCUUUGAUUACGCUGUCAUAUUUGUUCUAUAUGUCAUUAUAUCCCAUUUUAUCACACUAUCACCGUGGAUGGGAUAUGUUAGCCACUGCUGUAAUAUCAUCUUUCAUUAUGAGCUACGGUAUCCAGGUAGCAAAAUGGACAUCAACAAUUCUAUUAAUGGGAUUUUCUACUGCAUCGAUAAACAAUACUUUGUUGAUGGACAUAGCCUCUUCAGAUUCGAAUCCCAAUGAGGUAUCUGAAAGAGUACUUCUGAAAAGGUCAAAAUCAACGUUACCAAUUGCAGCGGUACAAACAGAAAACAAUCAAUCAGCAUCUGUUCAACUUGAUCCUUCGUUCGUCAAAUCAAAAAUCUAUGAUGCUAUUUUAUCAUUACCGCUUUUCAAACGUACAUGCUCUUUAAAGAACAAUGACCUUCUUUUUGCUAAAGUGAACUUCCAAAUGUUUAUAGUUUUGAUUAAGAUUGAAAUGAAAAAUGGAUCAAAUGACGAUGAGCUGGAUCUCAGGUUAACUAUAGAAAAGUUGGUCUCAGAUUACGUACCAAAUGCCGAGACCACAAUAGAAAUAGAGAGGAUGUGA